AUGGGGGCAUUGCGAUAUACGACGGGAUGCGGUCGGGCAACCCUGAUCCCUAACAUGGAUCGUCGUGCCUGGGGCAUGCAGGCGCCCAUUCUUCGCCACCUUUUGGUCUUGGAUGGGUCCCGGGUCCAGAACAUCGUGGCACCGUGA